AUGGUACACAAUGCCACACAAUUCAGUGCUUCAUAUCCAAACCAUAAUACUCUUGCUUUGAUUGUUCACGUUAGUGCAUGGAUUUUACAAUUUCUUGGUCAUGGAUUCGCGGAGAAAAGAAGUCCUGCAUUGAAAGAAAGUUUAAUACAAGCACUCCUCACUGCGCCAUUAUUUGUAUGGAUGGAAGUUCUCUUCGGUCUGGGAUAUCGUCCAGAAUUACAGAAGAGAAUAAAAACAAAGGUCAAUGCUGCUUUGGCUAUAUAUAAGCGUAAGAAUCUUAGUUAA